AUUUGAAUCUUACGUAUUUCAUUUUCAGGAUCUAGAGAGGAAAUGGCUGAAGUCUUAAAACGACCACGAUACCAAACCAUUAACAGCAUAAGAAUUCCAGACUUCUUUUCCCCAAAAUGCUUCAAUGAAACACUGAAUUACAAACCUAAGCCGGCUGAUGUUUUCAUCGUAACUUACCCAAAGUGCGGAACAACCUGGAUGCAAAAUAUUGCUAUGUAUAUCUUUCGUAAAGGAAAAGAAAUGGACCAUCCGCAGGAUUUUCUCAGAUUAUGUCCUUUCAUCGACAUGAUCGGAGCCGAAGGCAUCACAAAAAUGCCAAGACCUGGAGCAAUGAAGACACAUUUACCUUAUACACACAUGCCGUACUCUUCAGAGGCUAAAUACAUCUUUGUUGCGAGAAAUCCCAAAGACUGUUGCGUAUCUUUAUAUUAUCAUACCAGGGAUCAUGACGGUUAUGAGUACUGGGAUGCUGAAUUUGAUGAUUUUUUUGAAAUUUUCAUGGCUGGUGAAGUCGAAUACAAUGACUAUUUUGAUCAUUUGAUGUCAUGGUAUCCUCAUCGUAAUAAUUCUAAUAUCUUUUAUACUAAGUACGAAGAUAUGAAGAAAGAUACUAAGGACGUUGUAAUUAAACUUGCCAAAUUCCUUGGUAAGGAGUAUAUUGACGCGAUUGAGCAGGAUAAUGGUGUCUUGAACAAUAUUUUAAAAUUUAGUAGUUUUGAGUAUAUGAAAAUAUACUUAUCAGCCCUAUAUGAGCUUAAUUCGGAUUCAGUUGUUUUGAAGGAAUUUGAAGGAUUGCGUUACCUUCGUGAUUAUGCAGGUUCCCUGAAUCCCCCAAAAGAUAAACCCAAACCUGAAUUUAUAAGAAAGGGAAUAGUUGGAGACUGGAGAAGUCAUUUUUCCGAAAUACAAUUAAACAGGAUAAAUCAAAAGUUUCUUGAAAGAACCAAAGGCACGGAAAUACAACAAUGGUAUAAAUUAGAAUAAGAAAACAUAUUGCUUUUAUUUCAAACUUUUUUUUUUUUUUUUGGUUAAAAAUGUCUUUAGCUUUUACAUUGUAUUUGAAAUGCUGAAAUGACAAUUUUGCGUUUUCCUUAAAACGUUUCAUCAUAUCCUAUAGCAUUAAUACCAAAUAUUUGUAUUAUUUUACCAUUUCAAUGCAUACAUAUGUAUAAAGGAAUAUAUAUAAAUAAUAAAAUAAUUAACUCGAAA